AUUAGUAAUCGUUUCAGAGAUUGGAUCCAGCAAGAUGGCUUGGGAGGUGAUUCAUCGAUCUCCUCGCGUACACUCCCUUCUUCUUCUUGCUCUUUUAGUUGCUGUAGCUGGACAAAUAACUCAAGUACACCGAAGGUUUGAGUAUAAGUACAGUUUUAAACCCCCCUACCUAGCACAGAAGGAUGGAAGUGUCCCUUUCUUCGAGUACAGUGGCAACGCAAUCGCGAGCGAAGAGAGUGUUCGAAUAACCCCGUCUCUCAGGAGCCAGAAGGGGAUGAUUUGGACGAAGGAUAUCACUAACUUCGACUGGUGGGAGGUUGAGCUUACAUUCAGGGUGACUGGUAGAGGUCGCAUAGGAGCUGAUGGUCUAGCAUUCUGGUACACAGCUGCUAAAGGUGUUGAAGGACCUGUGUUUGGUUCGAACGACCAGUGGAUCGGUCUAGGAGUAUUCUUCGACUCUUUCGACAACGAUAACAAACAUAACAAUCCGUACAUCAUGGCGAUGACGAAUGAUGGAACCAAACUUUUCGAUCAUCAGAAUGAUGGAGCAACACAACAAUUGGCGGGGUGUCUCAGAGAUUUUAGGAAUAAACCGUUCCCAGUGAAAGCCAAGAUUGAAUAUUACCACAACAUCCUGACUGUCCUUAUUCACAACGGUAUGUCCAACAACGACAAGGACUUCGAGAUGUGCAUCAGGGCUGAGAACGUUAUCCUCCCUAAAAAUGGAUUUUUCGGCGUUUCGGCGGCCACCGGCGGCCUAGCAGACGAUCAUGAUGUUUUGAGAUUUGUGACGCACAGUUUACGGAGCCCUGAAAUGGCCUUAGUUCCAGAUUCCGUUGACAGUCAGGAUUCUAAGAAGUUCGAAGCUGAGUUUGCGGAAUAUCAAGAGAAAUUAAAGGUUCAAAAGGAUCAGUGGGCUAAAGAAAACCCAGAUAAGGUGAAGAAGGACGAGGAUUAUGAGGAUUUCUUCAUGGAUUCAAACAGUAACGAGCUCAAGCAGAUCUUCCAGGGACAGUCUGCGAUCAAUGACGUGAUCAGAGAUCUCCAGAGGAAAAUGGACGAGAUCAUCGGACGUCAAGAAAGAUCAUUAUCAAUGCUAACAAACAUUCAAAACUCUGGAGGCGCAAGGGCCCCCGGCCAGCCCCAGGUCGCUGGUGCCCCUGUCGAUACCAUCCGCCGCGAUGAGGUAAACGCUGUGCUCGCAAACCAGCGUGAGAUUGUCUCCGCCGCGAGGGACAUCAAGAACUUUGUGGCGGACGUCCACAGCAAGGUGACCACCAUUCAUACCAACCAGGGCCGGGGUCAGGGGACCGUCCAGCAGGUCGGGGGUCCUGGGGCCAACAGUGAUGUCACAAACAUGGUUGCCGAGAUCAGGGAGUCCUUGAACCACGUGAAGCGCGACCUGGCCAAUGGAUAUGCGCGGAUGCAGGGAAUGAAUACCGGUGGGAAGUGCCCCGAGGUAAGCUGCUCUUCGAACAUGAUGCUGAUGCUACUUCUCGGUGGCCAGCUGGUUGUUCUUAUCUCAUACAUGAUGUACAGGGAUAGCAAGGAAGCUCAAUCCAAGAAAUUCUACUAGAUAACAUAGACACAAAACACUAAGAACUCUUACCAAGUGAAUACUAAAAUAAGUUUGGAAAUCGUUUCUUUUAGUUUAUUGGGAGUUUUGACAUAAAGUGACAGUGUACACUGUACAAGCAGACAAACGCUGUACCAGAUGCUUUACAAACGCUGUACCAGAUGCUUUACAAACGCUGUACCAGAUUAAAAUGUCCCGGCAAUUAGGAUAAAGAAGUAAACACAAGAAAUCUUGGAAGUUUUUAUGAAUUUAUUAAUAUUAUAUAUUCAGUGAUAUUUUUACCCUGUUUUAAACUGUUAACUCGAGAUUCAAAAUGGCGCACAAGGAGCACAAGAAAUCAUAAUUACAUGCAAAUGAGUUGAUAACAAUUAAACAACGUUCUGGGUGACUUUGCGCGAAAAUGCUCAUUGUUUCCAAACUAGGGACCUAAAUAUGAAAUUAAUAUUUCAUCCGACAAGUUUUUAGUAGAUGGGUACUUUUUCGAAUAGGAAAGUAGUUUUUCUAUUAUCUGACGCGCUAAACCUGAUACUAUUUGCAGUAGUGUACGGUGUGUACCGUACUGUAUUGUACUGUACUGUGCACACGAUUAACCCCAACGCAUAAUUUUAAAUUAAAUAUUUAUAUUCUUUGGCUUCCCAAUUUGUUUUUGUUAAAUUCAAAAAAAGUUUUAAUGGAUGCUGUUUUUUACUUUUUGUACUUUUAUGUACAUCUCUUCCCAACAUUGUUAUUGAUCUUAAUGCCUAAUGAUUGUUUGCCUAAAUCAUUUUUAUAAUACUAUUCCUUAUUAUUUUAUUUUUUCAUUUUUCUCAGCUCUCUCUCUAACUUUUCAGCAUUUUGAAUUCUUACAUUUUAACUUCGGCGCUGUGAAGAACUUCCAGUUAAAGUUUGUUUUUUAUCUCUUAAAUAUUUUAUUUUUAUUAAUGUGAUAUUUGUGGAAAAAUGUUAAUUAGAUAAUGAUCAUCCAGUGCCAAUUCAUUCAUAUUGUCACAAUCCAAUUUACGUUGAUAGUUUUUAUUUAAACUUAAUUUGGGAUUUGAUGUAGAUGUCGCGCUAAAUUGUAUGUAUGUGUCAAUGCUGUUAUGGUGUAUGGUUUAACCAUUUCUAAACAAAAUAGUACAUUUAUUUUUAUGUACUCAAACGUACACUCUUUGUAUAGUGUACAUUUUAAGGUACACUUCAAAGUACUAGAAUGUUAUAAGGGUUGAAAUGAAUAAAAGAAAAUCGUCUCAAAAAUAUGAAUUGCUUUUUCAGAA